UAAUGUACUGUCACCUCUACUGUAGUACAAUACCAUGUUUACUGUAAAUGUUGCUACAAAAUACUUAGCACCAAUAGUAUCAUUCCUUACCCUGAGAGUUGUGUCUAGGUUAUAUCCGUCUCUAAAUGAGAUAGACUAUAAUUAGUACAGGCAGUCACUACUGAAAGGUCAGAAAGCCCUUAUAAUCUGCCCUGGACAUCCCCGUGGGAUAAUCAGGACGUUCAUGAGCUGAGCAGAGCUUAAUUUCCUUGAGUGCCUUUCCCGUCAUUAUGACAUGAUGUCAUCACCCGUGGACUCACAAUGCACCUUUGUAGUCAACUGGCUUUGCUAGUAUUAACGCGAUUUGGAAGGCAAAUUGUCCUGGCGUAAACCCCAGGAAAAUCUGUGCUAGGACAGGUGGAGUUAGCUUUCCACAUUCAUAAUAAUGUUAAUAACCAGUAUAAACUCAUUUAUAAACUAAACUCUAGACGACCCUUCUAAAAGGAGAAAUAUACUGUACGUUAUGUUGUGAUGUUGUGGAGUCCCAUCAGGGUUUUUAACCAAAAGGACAUACUUGGUAGACCAGAUCUGCUAAUCAUGCUAUCUCAGUUUUUAACUGUUGUGUUGUGAAGUCUGUUGUUGAUGAGGUUAUUUUGUGUUUUCAUAAUAUAAUUGCCUAUAAUUUGACCAUUUCGGGAAGCACUGGAAUGUGUUGGGUCAAGCUAGAUUAUCUCCAUUUUAAGGAUUAGGUUCAAAUCUUGGUCAAUGGAGGUCAGUGUAACAAGCUUUCAGCAGUUUUAGAACUUUUUGCUAAAAUGGUUAAUCUAUGCUGACCAGCUACAUUUUCAAUCAACAGCCUCAGGGGGGAACUUUAGAAAAAGAACUGUAUUCUUCCAGCCACCAUGGACACUUUUUUCCGACGGCAUUUUAAGAGGAAGGAAGCAGGAGAAGCCAUUCAUGAUGGCCACGUACCUGAACCCUGUCGACACAGGAGGCCAAGCAUUGCAGUGCCAGCCAGCCGUGCCCGUCGACGCUCCAGCGUAGGUCUUCCGUCCACUGCGUUGACCCAGCGACGCAGAUCCAGUGUCCAACUUCAGGCUUUACCUCGAAUCACUAGCAGUCAACCGGUUCAGAAAAGCAGUGGUAGACGGCGUUCCAGCACCACCACCCCGAAGGCCAAUCCUCGCUUUGCCAUACGCCGGAAGAAGGUGGGCAAGCUCCGCAAUAUAGACACACACCUCUUGGGCCCGUCCAUGCUGCUGGCCAGCUUAAUUCAGAUGACGGAAGAGGAGGAAGAGGAUGAGGAGAGCCAAAGUCCAUUGCCAGGGCAAGUGGAACUCAAGGGAAGCAACACGAAGUUCAGGAGUCACACAGAUGUGCUUCUUUCAGAAGGCGACAGUGACAGCGAGGACUCCAGCGGCCACUUAGAGAAGAGUCAUCACUCAGGGCUGCACAAGGAGUUCCUAGAGGAAGCAGAUUUGUCAGACUGGGAGAUCAAAGAGUCUGCUGUUUCAUGCAAGCAGGAAUGCCUUCCUUUGGCUGUGGUGGCAGAGUGUGUCCAGGCCCACCCGCUGAUCCGAGUUCCCCGCUGCCUCCGGAGGAACUCGUCACAUUAUGGCUACGCGGAGCCCGGCCCGCACGUCCGCUACUGCCGCAGCAGCCAGAGGAGGCGCCGUCGACGGGUCUCCACAAUCUCGAAAGCAGGAAGAAGCCCCUGGCCAGGAAGAGGCCGGCCGCUUCCUAACCGAAGAAGCUCUACCUGCUACAGGGGUCAUGCGACUCUCAAUCCUCUCCUGGGAGCUUAUUACGAUCCCAGGCUGGAGUCUUGGAGUGGAUUCUUGUCGAAAGCCAUUGCCAAGGCUGGUGUGCAGGAUAACGCUGCCCAAUCCGGUGCCAUAAUACCGGCCAAAUGUGAACCCAACAAAGAGAUCUGCAGCACCGUGGAUUGGACUGAAAAUGCCCAGUUUGGUCAACACGUGUGGUUUGAGACCAGUCCGUCUGGAGAUUUCUGUUACGUUGGAGAGACAUAUUGUUUUGCAAAGUCACUGCAAAAAUCUCUUCCUCGCCACAAAUGUGCAUCCUGCAAAAUAGCUGUUCACACUGUAUGCAUGGAUCAGCUGGAGAAGAUUAACUUCAGAUGUAAGGCAUCAUUUAAAGAUCCAGGGAUGAGAAAUGUCCGAGAGACUCCAAACAUGAGACAUCACUGGGUCCAUAGGAGACGUCAAGAUGGAAAAUGCCGGCAAUGUGGAAAGGGUUUCCAGCAGAAAUUCUCCUUCCACAGUAAAGAUAUCGUGGCCAUCAGCUGCUCUUGGUGUAAGCAAGCAUAUCACAACAAGGUGACCUGCUUCAUGCUGCAGAAAAUCGAAGAGACGUGUUCCCUCGGAGCUCACGCGGCUGUGAUCAUCCCUCCAACCUGGAUCAUCAGAGUCCGCAGACAGCAGGCAUCAUUGAAGAGCAGUAAAAGAAAGAAGAAAACAUCUCUGAAGGCCAAACCCUGCAAGAAAGCCACAGAGGAUGGCAAAUGGAAGCACUUUGUUGUGCGCCCAAUUCCUUCUCAGCUCAUGAAGCCUCUGCUGGUGUUUGUCAAUCCGAAGAGUGGCGGAAACCAGGGAACGAAAAUCAUCCGCUCUUUCAUGUGGUACCUGAACCCCCGGCAAGUGUUCGACCUCACUCAGGGAGGUCCGAGAGAGGGGUUAGAAAUGUACAGCAAAGUGCCCAACCUGCGUAUCCUCGUUUGCGGCGGUGACGGAACGGUUGGGUGGAUUCUCUCAGUGCUAGAUGAGCUCCAGUUGAACCCUCAACCCGCCGUGGCCGUGCUUCCCCUCGGGACAGGAAAUGACCUGGCCAGGACUCUCAACUGGGGCGGGGGCUACACAGAUGAACCGGUGUCCAAGAUCUUGUCCCAUGUAGAAGAUGGCAACAUCGUCCAGCUGGACCGAUGGAACCUGAGCGUGGAGCCCAAUUUAGAGGCCAGCGAGGAGGAGAGAGACGAACACCAGACCGACAAGCUUCCCAUUGACGUCUUCAACAAUUACUUCAGCCUUGGAUUUGAUGCACACGUGACCUUGGAGUUUCACGAAUCCCGAGAGGCUAAACCAGAGCGGUUCAAUAGUCGACUUCGCAAUAAGAUGUUUUAUGCAGGGACAGCCUUCUCAGACUUUUUGAUGGGCAGCUCCAAAGAUCUGUCCAAACACAUCAGGGUUGUGUGUGAUGGUACUGAUCUAACUAGUAAAGCGCAGGAUAUGAAACUGCAGUGCCUCCUGUUCCUCAACAUCCCCAGAUAUUGCGCUGGUACGAUGCCAUGGGGGAACCCAAGUGAGCACAAUGACUUUGGGCCACAGAAACAUGACGAUGGGCUCAUUGAGGUUAUUGGCUUCACCAUGACCUCUCUGGCAACGCUGCAGGUUGGAGGACAUGGCGAGAGGCUUCAUCAGUGUCAGGAGGUGACCCUGACAACCUUUAAGCCCAUUCCUGUGCAGGUGGAUGGAGAACCCUGUAGACUGGCUCCAUCCGUCAUACGCAUCACCCUCAGGAACCAGGCCAACAUGCUGCAGAAGACCAAGAGAAGAAUCUCUCUACCACAACUGUAUGAGUCAGUAUCUAUCUAUCUAUCUAUCUAUCUAUCUAUCUGUCAUCUAUCUGUCCACCUUCAUUAUGAUAAGGAGCAGCUCAGGGAGGCCUCGAUUCCUAUGGGGAUAAUUACAGUUCCCGGGAACAGUGAUUUGGAGACGUGCCGGCUGCAUAUCGAGAAGCUACAUGAGGAGGGGGAUGGUGUGAAUACAGACACACUGCACAUGCCAAAGCUUUCACCAAAAUGGUGCUUCCUGGAUUCCACUACAGCAGACCGUUUCUACAGAAUAGACCGCGGUCAGGAGCAUCUAAACUAUGUGACGGAGAUCUCUCAGGAUGAGCUUUUCAUCUUGGACCCGGAGCUGGUCACCAAGGAGACGGUGGGCACGUCGCCCGGAAUGCCGGGGGCGAUGGAAACUGUUGGGGAAUGUUCCAACAGCACAGACCAGUUUGCUUUUCCUGCCUGCUCUGCCGGGCCUUCUCCACUGUGCAGGGUUCACCAGACGCAUGCUGAAGGCCAAACGGAAAGCGCGAGCAUGGAUAGCGACACACACAAGCAAACUAGCGAUCCAGAGACUCCCACGAAGCCAGGCUUGUGCAGGAGGGGAGCAAAAAUUAUGAAUUUGGAUCGUUCAAACACACUUGAUGAGGACUCAGUGAAUGUGCCAAGGUUAGAUUCUGGCUGGAAUGACAGUGAUCAAGAAUCAAUCAGUUUGCUCUUUGAUGCCGCAAAGUCUGGCGACCUCGAAAAGCUGGUUCAGAUGCAUGAAGGUGGGGCCAACCUGUUGGUCCAGGACCGUUUUGGCUGCACCCUCCUCCAUCAUGCAGUCCUUUUAGGCAGUAAAGAGAUUCUGAAGUAUAUAAUUGAUAAUGCUCCGGCCUGCAUCCUUGAUGUGACAGAGAAAUCAACAGGGGAGACGGCCCUGCAUAAGGCUGCUGCGUUGUGCCAGAGAACAAUCUGCUAUUACCUGGUGGAGGCCGGAGCAUCCCUCAUGAAGACAGAUCUACAGGGUGAAACUCCAAAGAUGUACGCAGAAAGAGCUCAAGACAUGGAGUUGGCCGCAUACUUGGAAAACCGACAACACCACCAGAUGAUCCAGAGGGAGGACCAUGAGACGGCUGUGUGACCGGCCUCCGGAACCAUCCUUUCCAUCCGCCACCAAACCACAGAGUCUUAUCUGCUCUCUCUCAUGGCCACUUUAUCCGGUACGGCCACACGUUAGCGAUGCUAUAAGGCAGCAUGUGUGCGGAAAUUAGUUUGUUGCUCUCUGUAUUGAUUGUAAUGCCAAAAAGACAGUGUUAGUGUCAUGUUUCAGAAUGCAUGAGUUUGCUACGUCACGUCCAGCUUUCAGGGCUGCGCAAAACCGCACCGCUCCGCUCCUUAGGACCCAAUGUGCAAAAUUUGGGGAAUUUCAGGGCUGAAAUACCAUGUAUGAAAGUGGCUUUUACUAAACUACUAUAAAGAAAACCAGACAAACCUCACGAGAGAUUAACAGGAGAGGUUUUUGCUGCUUCUGAUUACAUAAUAUCGAUGUUUGAAUUUCUGAUUGCAUAUCUAAACGUUUUACAGAUUUUAUGUGACCGCAGAAACUUCCUGUAGCUUGGCUUCCACUUCACGUGUUUGUUCUGAUUCGAGAUAGACGUUGUUUUCAUAGCCUCCUGCGUUUAAGAAUGCUUCCUCAGCUGUUGCUUACGACCAGUUUCUCUCUUUGUGGUAAAUGCUUGAAUUUCGUAAAAACAUUCCAUUAAUUACUACCUUAGAUAGCAUUAAAUCAGUUCUCUAUUCACAGUAUAUUAUAAACUGUAAUCAUUUCUUAGUCAGUAGAUUUGCCUUUGGUUGAUUUAUGACCUAAAUGACUGAAGUUUCCUUCAGGAAAGAAUAGAAUGGGAUGUAUCUCUUAGCAUAGAUUGCUUGCACUGACUGCUAUAAUUUUAAAUGAAAAUUUGAUCUCACCAAGUGUGAUUUUAAGUUCUUUACAGAAUUUAUGAAGUCAUGCAGCAAUGUGGACUUGUUGGUUUUGGUUUCCGUCCAAAUUGAGCAUGUUAAGUACACAGAAAAUUCUUCUGGUAGAGUUUUUAGAUGCUAAAUCACAUUUUCAGUGACAAAUGGCUGGGUAACAGAGUUACCCAUAUAUUUACAUAUAUUUAUAUCAUCAUCUGCGGUUUAAAUUCUUAUAUAUUCAACCAGGUCACUUUAUGUACGUGUACAAUUGACUAAAUGCUUGAAUAAUAAAAGAGACAGGAAACUGGUCUUUUUUACAAUGCAGCCAUUUGACAACGCCGUGUUGUCAGCAUUGUCAUAGUGUGUGUUUGUGGUGAGAUGUCAUUAUGAUAGAAUAUGUAUUUUGUCAGUGCUUUGUAUGAGUUGCUAUGCAAUUCCAAAUAGAUGAUACAUGUAUAUAAUCAGUCAAACAUUUUAAAAAUGUGUCAACAAUCUGUUCUGAUAUAAAGGUCUUUCAUUUGUAUGUGAUAUGAACUUAGAUAAUGCUUUAUUUAUAAGAGUAGAUAAGAAUUUUGUUAGAGGAAAAGUCAUAGUUGUUCUUGGGGUUGCAUUGUUACUGUCUACUUGGGGGGGAAAAGAAAUAAAGUCUUUAAA